AUGGGCCGGGGCCGCGACUGGCUAGUGCGCGAUUCCGACUACGGGGAGGCGCCCGCGCAUUCGGCAGUGAAGGCCAAGGUCAACGGCGCGCUGGUGGCCGCCGCCCAGGAGCUCUUCGGGGAGGCGCUGCCGCAUCUGCUGGCCAGCGAUCCGCAGAAGCUGUUGCUGAUCCUCGACGCCCCGCAGUACGGCACCCUCCGGGAGCUAGUGGCCGCCUGGCCACCUCUGCGGUGCUGCCAGCAGGUUGUGAUACCGCAGGCGGACCUGCGGCACUACUUCGAGAUGGUGCGCGGGGGGGAGUUCUACCCGGGCGUGCGCGCCCAGCGGCUGGACCACUGGCUGUGCGCGAACGCCUCGCUGGGCCUGAGCUGCCUGGUGGCCUUCCUGGACUACGAGUGCCGCCUGGCUGGGGCCAUGUCCGCCAAGAUGUGCCCCGCGGCCGACGUGAUGCGCUACUUCCGCUUCGGCUACCCCGCGGAGCCGGUGUCCCUGCUGCUGCUCACCGUGGGGCUGGAGGAGCCCGCCGCCACCGUCGAGGAGGUGGACGAGUUCGUCCGCGACGAAGCCGCGCUGAACGGCUACACGGCCGAGCUCCGCGAGGCCUGGAAGUACCGCAUGGCCUCGCUGCUCUACGUCGUCCGCCGCUCCCCGGAGGGCGCGGAGGCGACCGCCCAGCGGGCGUGA